AUGAAGCAAGCCAGCUCCGUCCUCGCUCUUGCCAGCAUUGUCUCCUUGGCCCACGGCCACGGUUUCAUCAGCUCCCCUGAGCCCCGUAUGCCCGGUUCCGCCAUGUCAUCCGCCUGCGGUCAGCAAAUUUACAACAACCAGAAGGCCGACAACUAUGGCAACGUCCAGGGCGAGCUCCAGGUCGCCAACGGCCAGGACGACUACGACGCCGAGAAGUGCGACAUCUGGCUCUGCAAGGGUUACAAGUUCGCCGACAACAAGGACAACGUCCAGUCCUACAGCGCCGGCCAAACCGUCAAGUUCGAGAUCGACAUCCGCGCUCCCCACACCGGUGUCGCCAACGUCUCUGUCGUCGACACCAACUCCAACACUGUGAUCGGCAGCCCGCUCAAGUCCUGGGACAAGUACGCCUCCACUGAGACCGGUGUUACCGAUGACGAAACCAACUUCAGCGUCACCAUCCCCGAGAACUUGGGUAGCAAGUGCUCAACUGCCGGUGACUGUGUGCUCCAGUGGUACUGGUUCGCCGAGUCUAUUGACCAGACCUACGAAUCUUGCGUCGACUUUACUGUCGGCGGUUCUAGCUCUGGCUCUAGCUCUGCUUCUAGCGCUGGCACUACCACCGCUGCUGCCAACAACAAGGUCGCUUCUCUCCCUAGCACCAUGGCAACCGUUGCUAAGCAGCAGGCCACUUCCUCGGCUGCUCCUGUUGCCAGCUCCGGGGUUUCCAUCCCCAAGGAUGGUAGCUCUGAGGAGCAGCUCAACUGGGUUUCGAACCUUGUGAGAAGCAUUGUCAACUACGGUGCUUAG